UCUAAGGAAUGAGGUGGAUGAGCAGCAGUGCGACCCUCGCUCGAGCGGAUUCGCAAUUCCGCGGCGAACGGGUUUCGAAAGUUUGGAUUUUUCCUAACGCGCCAAAGACUUUGCUGUUGUUAGCCCUCGUCGUAUCCUCCCUUCUCUAUCGCGGUCGCCGUCGUAACAGUAACCGUAACCGUCACCACCGUGGCGGCACCGCGACGCCGUCGAACCUCUCUCCACGUCGUACAUUUCGCAUUUCCGUGACAGUUUCUCCGCGCGGCCUUCUCGUCCACAUCCUGGACAGACUUACGCGGCGUGGAACAGUGACAGUAUUAUCGGUUGUCGCAAAAUCGAACGAUUUGAGGACGACGACGACGACAUUGAUGACGACAUCGAUGACGACGUCGAUAUUUGCGAUAGCGACGAAGAGGCGGAUAUAGCGUCCGGUCGAUCGAUUUUCCCCGGAGUGAAAGCUUAAACGAAGAGCAGCUUAAACAGAAGUUUCGGUCGCACGCGAAGAUGGGUGUACUCCUGUUGCCAGAUGGUAUUACGUCGCCGGUAAUGCAAUCGCGCGCGAACCUAAACGCCGUCGUCGACGUCGCCGAAACGAACAACAAUCUAAGCGGACUGAGAGACGCGAAUAAUCCAGCCUCGCUGGCGCCGACGCGGGUCGUCGGUAUAAUCGACAUUGUCAACGGCAGUGAACCGCUGCAGCCGCCGCGACACAGUAGCGAUUGGACGCCACCCCCGCCGAAGAAAAAAUGGAUACGGCACUACCUGCUUGAAGAAGAACCAUUGGAGAACAGCAGAAUAAAUCUUUCGACUCAUUUCCGAGGUACCUCUAUGGUCUCUAGCACGCGAGUCACGCCGUCAACCGGAUCAAACUCUGUUCAGCUGACUGCGCUCCAUUCCAUGUCGCAUCAUCACAAUCCUCAUCAUCAUUCUCAACAGCCACAGCAGCAGCAGCAGCAGCAGCAGCAGCAGCAGCAGCAGCAGCCGCAACAGCAGCCGCAACAGCAACAACAUCAGCAGCAGCAACAGCAGCAACAUGAUCAGCAGCAUCACCAUCAUAGUGAUCAUCAUAGCACACAUAAUCAUUAUAUGGAGAAUCACAAUCCGAAUCAAUCUCAGCAAAGUGUGGGAAACCUCGUUGUCGACGUCGAAACGAGCCACGACAAUAAGAAGCAUCGAACUGGAACGUGUGUAAUUCGAUCUGGUACCAGAGAAGUUCACAAUAAGCUAGAGAAGAAUCGGAGGGCGCAUCUGAAGGAAUGUUUUGAGCUUUUAAAGAGGCAGCUACCAUCGCAAGAUGAAAAAAAGUCUUCUAAUCUUUCUAUUCUCCAUGCAGCGAACAAAUACAUACAGGCACUGCGAAAAAAAGAACGAGAUUACGAACAUGAGAUGGAGAAACUCGCGAGAGAAAAAAUCGCGAAUCAACAGAGAUUAGUGGCAUUGAAGAAAGAUCUCAAUGCAACUUGGGAUCACAUCGACAUUAAUUCUCUUUUACUGGAACAGAACCCCGGGACGGAUGCAACUGCUAAAAAUGUUUCAGAAAAUACGGAGGUUGAUGUUACUGGACUACCACGGGGUGGCACGAGGUAUAGCAGCACGAGCAGUGUAAACAGCGUGACAACGGCCAGUUCCCCGCAAGCAUUACAGUCCACUAGCACUACUUCCAACAUUCAUAAUCAAGCCGCGACCGCGGGUGUUGUUUGUCAGACGCAAGACCUGAAUCUUGCACGAAGUUCCAGGGAGAGUCCACCUGUGAGUUCGACUGCUGGAACGGCACCUGCACCCAGCAUUUCUACUCCAGCACAGGAGAAAGUCACUACGUCGUCCACCGCCAGUAUAGUGCAGCAACCGCAUCAGCAUCAGCUUCACCUGCCGAUCAACGCCCAGAUGUUGAACACGAGUCAGGGCCUUGCGACCAUCGUGCCAGCCUUGCAGCACAUUGGGCCGGGACUCAGAGUAAUACCGGGCGAUACGCGGCAGCUCUUGGUCACCCACACCACUGGCAACAAUGAAUCCAGACCUCUGACACUGGCGGUGCAGAACUCUUCGGAUCAGUCCAGACCGCUGAUCGCUGUGCAAUCAAAUACUGGAAACGAGCCAAGGCCCGUGGCGCUGGUCGUUCACUCGUCCAAUGCCAACGAUAACAGAGUGACAUUCGUGCACUCAAAUCUAUCCAACAACGACAGGCCGCUGGCCCUGGCCGUGCAAUCAUCUGCGAAUGACGUUCGACCGGUCACUUUCGUGCACUCGGGGAACGAGGGUCGAUCUUUGGUCCUUGCCACGCAUUCACCGGCAUUGAAUGUAUCAAAUGCUCAGACAAGAAUAAGAGCGGGAGACGCACAGAACACGCAUAAGAUGGUCGGUGGCGUAACGCUCGUCGGCGGUAAUGGCUCGGAAUUGGCAAGACUUCCCGGUGGCGCGGAACUGAACAUACUUCCGGCAAAUGGAUUAACUUUAAGUCAUGGAGUGUCACUUCAAACCGCUGCAGGCAAACCAGCCUCGACAAUGAUGCAGAACUCUCCGUCCACAGAGAGUAUAGCUCACCUCGUCAGUCAGCACGCGCCUCUCUCCGGCCUGACUCCGAUCGUCACGCCGAUGACCGUCGUGUCUCAAGGUAGUCAGGUGACCGCUCACAUUUUAGCACCAUCGAGUCUUGCGGGGAAGAUGAUUACUACCCCGAUCCUCAAGUCUGUAGGACAAAUGCCGCUCGUAAACGCUCAGUAUCUUAACACCACGACUUUAGUGAAACCGGUAGUCGUGGUGAGCUCACCGUCAACGUCGACAGCGUCCUCAACGACGGUGGCGACAGCUUCCAAUACACAACCUUCUUCGACCUCGAAUUCGACUGUCUGACAAAAUCAAGGAAAGGCAAAAUUAAUCUGAUUGCGCUGGAAUAUAUCAAAAUACGGUUUGCUGAUGUUACGAGUAAAUCUCUACAUUUAUCUAAAAUAAAUAAUCUAUUUUUUGUUAUUUGUUGGAAUCGCUUAGCUAUAUUAAUGAUGAAUUUGCGAAAAUAUGAGCGAUUUAAAUUUGAAAAUUUUUACGACAGACAGUAAACGAAAGAAUCUUACGCGAGAUAAAUUUUUGUCUUUAUUGUGCUAUUUCUAAUAUCAGUGGUCUUGCAUUUUGAAACGUCAUUUGUGUCAUAUAAGAAUUAACAUUCGAGAUAGGAGCUCUUCCGAAGGAUAAAUUGACUGAGAAAAUGUGAGAAAAAGUCCUUGCUCAACACAUGCGAUCCAUUAUCGCAUACGAUACCUUGAUUUUAUUAAGGGGGAUAGUUUAUCACGUAAAUUAAAUAUAAAGUUCAAACAAUUAAUUUAUGACAAUAGCCCGAGUGUCAAGAAAACUUUCAUGUUAGCAUGUUUGAUGAAAUUAAUGCUUUUAAGACUGUUAAAUUGGCUUGACUACUGGUCUUAUGUUGCUAUUCGGAUCAUUGUUCGUCAUAUUCUCGAUCGGGAAUUCUUUCAUUGUGCUUAUUCUGACAAGGAUUUUUUUCUUAAGUGUUUUAUGUUACUUUAUAAGAGAGAGUUCUAAAUACUUUUUCCAUAAACGAAACGAAAGAAAGCAUUGACUUGCAAUAAAACAAAUUUUACUUUUUGCAUAACUUUUAAAUUGCUUGACUCUGUUUUGUGAGAUCCAUAAAUUGACAAGUUUCAUCAUAGCUAAUUGAAGAAGUAACACAAGAAAUGACAAUGACGAUACACUUAGAACAAUGUUAAAUUAAGGAAAAGGAUUUAAUUAUUUAAUGAGCGGAGAUUGGCAAAUCGAAAAUGAGUUUUUGUCAAAUCGUAUUUCUUGAAAUUGAUUUUUUUAAAAACGGCUGUGUAAUUAGAACGGAUUGAACUCUAUAUGGAGGUCUGUCUGUUUAAUUUCGACUAUCCAAUCACAAGAUGUAUUAAAUCUUGUUAAAGCGAUAAUAAACUGGAAGUUAUUUAGAAA